GUGAAACCGACUUUGUUUUAUACUAUAUAGUGAUGAUGUAGGUCCUUUAUAAUCUUGAUCUUAUAUCUAAAAUCUAUUAAAUUGUAAUGAUUUUAUUUGUCCAUAAUUGCAGUGUCGCGUCGCCAGGAAAAAAAUAAUAAAAUUUAAACAUCGAAUUUAAUGUUCACUGUGUUAAGUUUGCUUGAUUUCAUGCCAAAAAUAUUUACGUUGGUAUAGGUAAUUGUUAAAUAAAGCAAAGAACAAGAUUACAAGAAAAAUAAUUAAAGAAAAAAUAUGGCUGAGGCAGAAGGCGAGAAUUCGGCCGAUUCAGAGGCUUCUCUUGAAUCGGAUUUUGAGGAUGUAAUAAGCAUGAUGGACGUAGUCAAAAGAAGGAUAUCAUCUGCGAGGCCGUCACAGUUCAAUUUCACGUUGCCAACGACGGAGACAGCAGAACGAGUUGAUGUAGACAGAACGGCUCUAGAAGCUAUACUUGACGUCAGUUCUCGAUUGUACGAUAUGCAGAAGAGAAGUAGAAUAUCGAUGAGCACGCUGGCAUUAGGUCAUGAGUCCUACAAAGACAAGCAAGCGAAGGCGAAAGUGUAUCGUCACCAUCGCAUGAAUGAACUGAGGCAACCCCACAAGUACCUUUUAGAAAAUGCAGCUGUUAUGUUAAAUAGGACAACAGAUUACGUGCUUGACGGCGUUUAUGAUGCAAAUAUUCACAUAGACUUAUUAGACAGUGCGAUAGCCGAAGGUGGGAGAAAUUGUAUCAUUGUAUGUGAUGCAGUACUCCCUCCAGUCAAGAUGGAAUCAGGGCGGUACAUCCAUAAUCAGAAGAGUAAAAUUGAAAGAGCAUACAUUUCUGAUGCGGCUUCCAUUGGGACCCUGGGCAAGUGUGUUGCUCUGUACAGAAUAAAAACAAAUGCAAUCGAUAGCAAAAAUGUAGCUGACUCCUACUAUUACGUUCAAUUUGACAUAAACCAAGAAACGGAAAACGUUGUGUCAGCUGUUUACAAAACGUUGCAUCGAGUCUACAUCCCGGCACUGAAGGCUUGCAAAGCUUGGGGAGACCUGAACCCUCCCAAUCCUUUCAGCGAAGAGAUUAUUCGAACAUAUAUUCUAAAGAUAAUGCUGUUUGUCGACUAUCUUGAAAAGACAAAAACUGACUUGGAUUGUUGCGCAAGAUUUAAAAUUAAUUAUUCAUUGUACGAAGAUGAGUUAUCUGAUCACGAUAAAAUGAAACAAGCAAUAACUAAGACACAAGUUUUAGAAGAAAUAUGUUCAUAUGUCAAACAAUGGAUGAGGCAAAUAACUAUGGUUUUAGUGCAGAGUCAACAACUUCGGCGGGAGCCUUCUAAUAUCGGGCCACUUGCGGAGUUAGACCACUGGCGACGACAGUUAACCAUUUUCACGUCUAUUAUUGAGCAUAUCAAAAGCGAACCUACUGUGAUGUACAUACAUACUUUAAUACGAGCAAAGUCUAAACUUCUUAAGAAGUGGAAACUGUUGGAUAACAACAUAACAGACUAUUACAAUGAAGCUUUUGAUAACGUGAGGUAUUUGUACGCGUUGGAGAAAUAUUGUGAACCGUUAUAUAGGUGCGAUCCCUACACCAUGCAGCAAUAUAUUCCCGGUUUAUUGUACACCAUCCGCAUGAUAUUCGCGACCUCUCGUUACUAUAACACCACCAAACAGAUCUCCACACUGCUCGUGAAAGUCACCAACCAAAUCCUGAACAUGUGUAUGGAUUUCUUGACAAAUCAUGGCAAGAAGAACAUAUGGAAUCAGGAUAAGCCCAAUUUUAUUGACAAGGCAAAGUUUUGCUUGAGUUUAUAUAAGUUCUACCGUGAUUGUUAUUUUGAAACGCAAAGAGCUAUGAUUGAAGCCUCCGACGAAAGACCAUUUGAUUGCUCGGAAAUGUACAUAUUUGGGAAAUUUGAAACGUUUCGUAAGAGACUAACCAAAAUAAUCGACCUCUUCCAAACCUACAUAGCUUACUAUGUGCUAAAUAAAACCACAUUGGAGGGUGUUGAAGAAUACGCAGCUAACUUCAAUAAGUUAUUUAAAAUUAUUUCGACCAAGACCUAUGACGCUCUCGACCACAGGCGUCCAGAUUUCGACAAGGACUAUAAAAUCUAUAAAGAUGCUGUGGCCAACCAGGAAAUAUUACUUGAGAACUUUAUGAUAAGCAGUAUCAAAAAGUGUCCGAACACUGAAGUGGCGUUGCAUCUACUAACGAGAUUUGAGAAAUUGAAAUUAGACUGUUUAUACAUCGAAGAUCAGUAUUACGACUUGAUAAGUCUGUUUACUUCUGAGAUAGAAUCAAUUCGGGAUCGGUACAACGAAGAAAGGGAUCAGCCAGAUCUAGCUCGAAAUAUGCCACCAGUUGCAGGGCGCCUCAUGUGGAUAAGAUUUUACCACAACAAUAUUAAGGUACCGAUGCAGAUAUUCAAGCAGCAUCACGAAGUCAUUACACACACGAAUACUCAACGAUGCGUCAAGCUCUACAAUGUAAUGACUAUUGUUUUCACGGAAUACGAGUUGAUUUAUCAUCAUUCAUGGGCAGAAAAUGUUGGGCAGGUGAGACUUGGUUUGGUUGCUCCCCUUCUAAUACGUCACCCAAUGACUAACAUGUACAUAAUUAAUUUCUCAAUGUUUAUACCUGAGUGCAUCAGAGAGGUCGAGUAUAUGUGGCAGUUAGGACUUCGCGUACCCGAUAGCGCUCAAAUAGUAGCGUUCUGCAAAGAUAAAAUUCUGGGAAAUUAUGAAAAAAUAAAAUAUCUUGUUGAAAGGCAAAAUCAGAUAAGGAGGAAUAUGCCGAAACUCUACCUCCCGUUACUUCGAGCACAAUUGAUAAAGCUGGAGACAGCGUUCCAACCAGGGUUGUCAACAAUAACGUGGACUUCUCUAGAAAUACCCUCUUAUUGUGAAAACAUUGAAAUGGUUCUGGAUGAAGUGGACUUGUUCGUUAAGGAGGUGGUGGACAUCAAAGAAGCUCGCAUUGAUGCAAUAUUGUCGUCAAUUUCAAAUACAAUGCUGGUUUACUUGCCGGACAAGGCAGUCGAUCCUACAGUUCUUUACGAAGAGAAUUUUGUGAGGCGUGAUGAAAUAGCUGCAGAUCUGCAACAAAAAUCAUGGAACGCUGAAAUUGCAGUAAUUGAACUCAUACAUAAAUUCUUAAGAAGUGUGCCUUGUAAAGAAAUACAAGCUUUAAAAAAUAAUUGGUUGGAUAUAGAGAAGGUUCUAAAACAAGUGACAUCAGCGACAAGGGUGUUUCCUGAAGACGCGGCAUUUAUGGAGGUAGAAAACAUUGAUCGAUUUGAUGUAGUGCCCACUAUCAACGAAUGUAAUGAAUUGUUUGCGUAUUUUGCUACAAAAUGCUUAGAAUCGCUUAUUAAGUGCACACGCCAAAGCCUUGAUAAGUUACGAAAACGUGCGUCUGUAUCGAGUUUUUUAACAAUGACCAUCGAUCCAGAUGAACAGGAUCAUCUAAGACCGCUCAUGCUGACAAACAUGUUUUUACAAAUACCAAGAACUUUAAUUAAGCCGACUUUAGACGAGAUUCAGACUUCGUUCUCUCAGGUGGUUUUGAAUUGUAUAAUGGAUAUACACCGCAAUGUGUUCAUUUGGGGGCAGCAAGAACUAAUAAAGAAAGAGAAGUUAGCCGGGGCAGCACAGGCUACAAAACGUAACGUCUGUGCUGGCUCCAGGUCUUGCUCCAGUGUAGGUGGAGUUAAGAACUACUUUAGAAUGGUGUCAGAACACAAAGACACCGUCAGAUGUGUGAUGGCGUUACAAGGCAUGAUGUACAUGUAUAAAUUGGAUAUUGAAAAACUCUUGAAGAGUUACCGCAGAUUCGCCUACAUAUGGGCUGAAGAUCGCACGCAACAAAUACAAGAAUUUGUUGAUUCAAAUCCUCUUAAUGUUGUUAUUAAAGACCAUCUGAAUACAUACGAAGCACAGACAGAUGAAAUCCUAGCUUUACCUGAACGACACAUAAUUGGAUCUAUACAAAUAAAUAUGGAGCGUAUUAAAUUAGCGCUGCAAUUGGAAUCUAUAGAGUGGAAGAGAACCUUAGGUAAACUACUGUGUCAAGCUUACAAGGAGCGAGUGAUAAAACUGAUGCAAUUCAUAAACGACCGUAUGAAAACUUUGAACAAAAAGAUAAAAGAUUUGGAUGACGUCAGAAUGGCUAUGAUGUGCCUCGAGCUUAUUAGAGAAGAAUUUAUUGGGAUGGACAUGGAAUUGGACCUUGUCGAAGAAAGUUACGCAACAUUCCAUCAAUUUAAUAUCGAAAUACCAAAAGAGGAUGCCGAACUCGUCUCCGGACUACGUCAAUCUUUUCAGUAUAUGCUAACAACUUCUCAAAAUGUACAACAAAAGAUAGUGGAUAUGCAAGGUCCGCUACAAAAGGAACUGACUGAAGGCGUAGCAACAUUCCUGGCAGAUGUUCUCAAAUUUGAUGCAGAUUAUGAGGCAUCAGGGCCCAUGACGCCUGGUCUAUCAGCCCGAGAUGCAAGCGAUAAGGUCAUACUGUUCCAAUCAAGAUUUGAUGACCUGUGGCGACGAUUUGAAAUGUAUUCAAGCGGUGAAAAGCUUUUUGGGAUGGAAGUCCAAGAUUAUCCUAUUUUACAUCAAAAGAAAAAGGAAUUUAAUUUGUUAAACAAAUUGUAUAGCUUAUACCUGGCUGUAAUUAAUUCUAUAGAUGGAUAUUUUGAAACACCGUGGGUGGACAUCGAUAUUGAACAAAUAGUUGCACAGCUCGCUGAGUUUGAUGUCAGAUGCCGACGAUUGCCAAAAGGUAUGAAGGACUGGCCGGCGUUUAUCGUACUGAAGCAAAAGAUAGAUGAUUUCAAUCAGACUUGUCCGUUGUUGGAGUUAAUGGCGGACAAAGCGAUGAAGGAAAGGCAUUGGACUAGAUUGGAACAGCUUAUGGAUUGUGAACUGGAUGUGACGUCGGAGUCGUUUACUUUGGCACAUGUUAUGGAGGCGCCCCUCUUAAAAUAUAAGGAGGAUGUUGAAGACAUUUGUAUAAGUGCCGUUAAAGAAAAGGAUAUAGAAGCUAAAUUAAAGCAAGUGAACGCCGACUGGGCGGUGAUCGACUUGUCGUUUGCAAAUUUCAAGAACCGAGGGGAGCUCCUAAUUAAGCCGCAGGAUACGCUCGAUGUCAUUACCCUGCUCGAAGAUUCUCUAAUGAUCCUUAACUCGUUGGCUUCAAACAGAUAUAACCCACCAUUCAAGAAGAAUAUAAUGCUUUGGAUUAACAAAUUAGUCAGCACCAGUGACAUCCUAGAGAAAUGGUUGCAAGUGCAAAACCUAUGGAUGUAUUUAGAAGCUGUCUUUGUUGGUGGAGACAUUGCGAAACAAUUGCCGGCGGAAGCGAAGCGAUUCGCGGGCAUAGACAAGACGUAUGUAAAGUUAAUGUACCGUGCCCGAGACAUAGUAAACUGUGUGGAGACGUGCACUUCAGACGACACCCUGAAGCAGCUCCUCCCACAUUUAUACGAACAGCUGGAAGCGUGUCAGAAGUCACUCACCGGGUACUUGGAGACGAAGCGACUUAUCUUUCCAAGGUUCUUCUUCGUGUCAGAUCCAGUGCUGCUUGAGAUACUUGGACAGGCAUCGGACCCUCACUCCAUACAGCCUCAUCUACCCAGUAUUUUCGACGCAAUUUAUACGGUUGACUUCGACGAUAAGGAUUGUAUUGUUAAAAUGAAUUCUGAUAAUGGGGAGACCAUUAAACUUGAAAAACCAGUUGCAUGUUUGGGUGGUGUAGAGAGCUGGUUGAAUACUUUACUGGAUACAAUGAAAGAUACUGUUAAGAAUGUUAUAGCUAACAUAGCUCAAACGAUGACUGGAGAUCCAGAAUUUGAAUUCUUACAAGGAUUUUGGAAUUUUCCAGGCCAGGCUGCUAUAUUGGGGAUGCAAAUUCUAUGGACAUCUGAUGCAGAAUAUGCUCUUAAAAAGUCAAGAGUGGAUCGCUUUAUAAUGAGAGCAACUAAUCAAAAGUUUCUCGACCUACUGAACGGAUUAAUUGAUCAGACUGUUAAAGAAUUAGUUCCAUUAGACCGAACUCUAAUUGAAACUAUGAUAACAAUUCACGUACAUCAAAGAGACAUAUUCGACGAUUUAGUGCGAAUGAGAAUUAAGUCGCCGAUGGAUUUCGAAUGGCAGAAGCAAGCUCGCUUCUAUUACAAUGAAGAUACUGACGACUGCCUGGUAUCGAUUACGGAUGUUAAUUUUCUGUAUCAGAACGAGUAUCUGGGUAUAACGGAGCGGUUGGUGAUCACGCCGCUGACGGAUCGCUGCUACAUCACACUAUCGCAGGCCAUCGGCAUGAGCAUGGGCGGCGCGCCCGCCGGGCCAGCCGGCACCGGCAAGACCGAGACCACCAAGGACAUGGGCCGCACGCUCGGCAAGCUCGUCAUCGUCUUCAACUGCUCCGACCAGAUGGACUUCCGAGGUCUGGGCCGCAUCUACAAGGGCUUGGCUCAGUCUGGCACUUGGGGCUGCUUCGAUGAGUUCAACCGCAUCGAGCUGCCCGUGCUGUCUGUAGCUGCGCAGCAAAUCUACAUUUGUCUGACGGCCAGAAGGGAAAAACGAGAGUUUUUCAUAUUUAGUGAUGGCGAUACUGUGAGUUUGAACCCUGAGUUCGCUUUCAUCAUCACCAUGAAUCCUGGCUACGCCGGUCGACAAGAACUGCCAGAGAACCUGAAAAUUCAGUUCCGCUCCGUAGCAAUGAUGGUACCGGAUAGACAGAUUAUCAUUCGAGUCAAAUUAGCAAGUUGCGGCUUCAAAGAUAACAUCGUGUUAGCUCGUAAGUUCUUCACGCUGUACAAACUGUGCGAGGAGCAGCUGUCGAAACAGGUGCAUUAUGACUUUGGAUUGAGGAACAUUUUGUCUGUACUGCGAACAAUGGGUGCGCAGAAACGAGCCAAUCCAGACAGUACCGAAGAGAACAUAAUGAUGAGAGUACUGAAGGAAAUGAAUGUCUCUAAAUUGGUAGACGAAGACGAGCCUCUGUUUAUUUCGUUAAUAGAGGAUUUAUUCCCUGGCAUGAAACUAACUCAAACCGUUCAGAGGGAAAUGCAGAACGCUAUCAACACCGUGACAUCACGCACCGGUCUUGUGAACCAUCCUGACUGGAACUUAAAGAUCAUUCAGUUGUUCGAGACGUCGCUGGUGCGGCACGGUCUCAUGACGAUGGGUCCCACCGGCUCGGGCAAGACAACCUGCAUACACACUCUCAUGGCAGCGCUUACUGAACUGGGGAAACCGCACAAGGAAAUGAGGAUGAACCCAAAGGCAAUCACUGCACCACAAAUGUUUGGACGCUUAGAUGUGGCAACAAAUGAUUGGACAGAUGGUAUUUUCUCUACUUUGUGGCGAAGAGCGUUGAAAGUGAAAAAGUCUGAUACAACUUGGAUCGUCUUGGAUGGCCCAGUGGAUGCUGUGUGGAUAGAAAAUUUAAAUUCUGUACUGGAUGACAAUAAGACCUUGACACUGGCGAACGGAGAUCGUAUAUCAAUGGCACAGAACAGUAAGCUGGUGUUUGAGCCAGACAACGUGGACAACGCCUCUCCCGCCACUGUCAGUCGGAUGGGCAUGGUGUUCUUGUCUUCAUCAGUGCUUAAGUGGCAACCUAUACUGGAGCGAUGGCUAAAGACUCGCGAGCGGCGGGAAAGUGAUGUUUUGAGGCAUGCGUUUAACAAAGUAUAUGAUGAAGUGCAUACGUUCGUGCAACAGAAGCUAGUGGCUAAAAUGAAACUUUUGGAAGCCAUAUACAUAAGACAAUGCAUAGAUGUGCUAACUGGACUACUACAAAUUGAGGUUCCUGGUGGCAAAUCCCACUCAGAUCGACAUCUUGAGCGGCUGUUCGUUUUUGCGAUGAUGUGGUCUCUGGGCGCGGUGCUGGAGCUGGACAUGCGCACGCGCAUGGCGGAAUUCAUGACUAAGCUGCCCGUCAAGAUGGACUGGCCUGGUGCUAAGUCUAAGGAGUGGAUAAUGCCUUUUGAGUACAUGGUCAAUGCUACUGGCUUUUGGGAGCACUGGUCUGAAAGUGUUGAAGAUUAUAUCUACCCUUCUGACAGCGUACCAGAAUACGCAUCAAUUCUAGUUCCAAACGUGGAUAACGUGUGUAUUACGUUUCUGAUCGAUACUAUAGCUAAACAGGAUAAGGCUGUGCUACUAAUUGGAGAACAAGGAACUGCUAAGACAGUCAUGCUAAAGAGUUAUAUGACAAAAUACGAUAGCGAAGUAAAACUGUUCAAGAUAAUUAACUUUUCGUCUGCUACUACUCCAAAUAUGAUGCAAAGAAUUAUUGAGUCUUAUGUAGAAAAGAGAGUUGGAAUGACGUAUGGACCUCCAGGCGGAAGAGCUAUGACAGUGUUUGUAGAUGAUAUUAAUAUGCCUGUAAUUAAUGAAUGGGGUGAUCAGGUCACGAAUGAAAUAGUGCGACAAAUGAUGGAAUGUGGCGGCUUUUAUUCGUUGGACAAGCCCGGCGACUUUACAAUUGUCGCUGAUAUCCAAAUGUUUGGAGCCAUGAUACAUCCCGGUGGUGGACGCAACGAUAUACCUCCAAGGUUGAAGAGGCAGUUUAAUAUUUUCAACUGUACACUUCCUAGCAACGUCUCCAUGGACAAGAUUUUUGAAACUAUUAGUGCUGGAUAUUUCUGUGAAACACGUUUUGAUAAACAAAUUGUAGACUUUAUGCCACGACUUGUGUCAGUAACGCGUAUCAUCUGGCAACAAACUAAAGUUAAAAUGUUGCCAACGCCAUCAAAGUUCCAUUACGUUUUCAACUUGAGGGACCUGUCUCGUAUUUGGGAAGGAAUUUUGUUUAUUAAAAAAGAAGAGCUAUCUUGCAUUAAAACGGCACUCAAGCUAUGGUUCCACGAAUGCUUGAGAGUUAUUUCAGACAGAUUUACUACAUUCGAAGAUAAGGAUUGGUUCGUAGCGAAUUUCUGGAAAACAGCUGCCGCGGAGUUAGCGGAUGUAGAGAGCGAAUUUCCUGAAGAGGAAACUUAUUUCGUAAACUUCUUACGUGAACCGAUCGAACCUACCGGUGAGGAAGACGAGGACUUUAGUCUAGACGCUCCCAAAAUAUAUGAGGAACUGCCUUCAUGGGAGUUUGUGCUCAGUAAACUAGCAUCGUUCCAACAACUUUUCACUGAACAGAUUAGAGGCUCUCGGUUGGACUUAGUAUUUUUCCAUGAUGCUAUGGUUCAUCUCUUUAUUAUCUCAAGAAUUAUUAACACUCCACGUGGCAAUGCCUUACUGGUUGGUGUCGGUGGCUCAGGGAAGCAGAGUUUGACGAAGCUAGCUUCAUUUAUAGCCAACUUUUCGUUCUAUCAGAUUACUUUGACAAGGUCUUACAACGUGAACAACUUCAUGGACGAUAUCAAGGUGUUGUAUCGCGUGGCCGGCUUGCAGGGACGCGGCAUCACCUUCAUCUUCACUGACAACGAUAUCAAGGACGAACAGUUCUUAGAGUUCCUCAACAAUAUUCUGAGCUCCGGAGAAAUAGCUAAUCUGUUCCCGAAGGAUGAGAUGGAUGAGAUUUUGAACGAGCUAACUCCUAUAAUGAAAAAGUUUGCACCAAGAAGAAUACCUGUUCCCGACGUGUUAUAUGAAUAUUUUAUCAUACGCUCCAGAGCCAACUUACACGUUGUUCUUUGUUUCUCACCCGUCGGCGAAAAGUUUAGAAGUCGAGCUCUUAAAUUCCCUGGUCUUAUAUCAGGAUCAACAAUGGAUUGGUUCCAAAAGUGGCCUAAAGAAGCAUUGAUAGAAGUAGCUCAUCACUUCUUGUGGGAAUUUCAGGUGGUGUGUUCUACGGAGACCAAACAUCAUUUGAUAGACAUGAUGGGCAUAGUACAGGACAAUGUGGCAGAAACCUGUGCUGUUUAUUACGACAGGUUUAGAAGACAGACUCAUGUUACACCUAAAUCAUAUUUAUCUUUCCUAGAAGGUUACAAACGACUUUACACGGAUAAACACACGCACAUCGCGGAAAUGGCCAGAAGAAUGACGACAGGCCUGAGCAAACUAGUCGAAGCUGCAGCGAGUGUCGAUGUUUUACGACAGGAAUUAGAAGUGAAAGAACUCGAAAUCAAAGACGCUACGGCUAAAGCCCAAGAGGUGCUAGAGGCCGUAGCGGAAUCACAAGCUGCAGCAGAAGUGGUGAAAGCAGAAGUCCUAGAAGUAAAAGAGCGAGCUGUACAACUAGUAAGCGUUAUAGCAGCUGAGACCGCGGUCGCAGAAGAAAAACUAGCCGACGCCAAGCCUGCUCUCGAAGCGGCAGAGGCUGCAUUACUGACUAUUAAUGCUGCAGACAUAGCGACCGUCAGAAAGCUUGGAAAACCACCCUUCCUGAUCACACUUAUUAUGGAUGCUGUCAUCUUAUUAUUUAGAAAACGAAUCGAUCCCAUAAAGCCUGAUGCUGAGAAACAAUUCUUGACCGCUUCUUGGGCGGAAUCCUUAAAGAUAAUGGCCGAUGUGAGACUCCUAAAUAACUUAAAGAAUUACCCAAAAGAUGAAAUUAAUGCGGAAAUGGUUGAUUUGUUGCAACCAUACUUCAAUUACAGCCAGUAUACGUAUGAGGCGGCCAAAUUAGCUUGCGGAAACGUCGCCGGUCUUAUAUCGUGGACUAUGGCCAUGGCGCAAUUCUACGGCGUCAACAAAGACGUAUUACCAUUAAAAGCUAACUUGGCGGUGAUGCAAGGAAAAUAUCAGGCAGCCAAGAAGGAAUUGGAGGCAGCUGAAGCGCAGCUAGAAGCCAAGGAGAAAGAAUUGGCAGGAGUACAAAAGCAAUUCGACGAUGCAAUGACGCUGAAGCAAGCGGUGCUGGACGACGCGGCCAAGUGCCAGCAGAAGAUGGACGCCGCCACCGCGCUCAUCAACGGGCUGAGCGGCGAGCGCGUGCGCUGGACCGAGCAGUCCGCGCUCUUCAAGUCCGAGAUCGAGAGGCUCGUCGGCGACAUCCUGCUGCUUUGCGGGUUUUUAUCCUAUUCUGGACCAUUUAAUCAAGAGUUCCGAGGAUUGCUAAUAAAGAGUUGGCUUGGAGAAUUGCUUAGAAGGAAAAUUCCCGUUUCUAUGAAUUUACAUAUUACGGAAGAGUUAACUGAUACUGCUACAAUUGGUGAAUGGACUUUGUGCGGCUUACCAACAGACGAAUUGUCAAUUCAAAACGGUAUAAUUGUGACAAAAGCGGCGCGAUUCCCCCUGCUCAUCGACCCUCAGACCCAAGGCAAGAUUUGGAUCAAGAAUAUGGAAAAACAUAAUGAAUUAAUCGUCACUACUCUUAAUCACAAAUACUUCAGGAAUCAUGUUGAAGAUUGUGUGUCUUUAGGUAGACCUAUGCUAAUAGAAGAUGUUGCAGAAGAGUUAGAUCCAGUGCUUGACAAUAUUCUUGAGAAGAACUAUAUAAAAAUAGGAUCUACAUUUAAGGUAAAAUUGGGAGAUAAAGAAAUUGAUGUAACGGAGGGGCAUAGAAUUUACAUAACGACAAAACUACCGAAUCCUGCUUACACGCCUGAAAUCUCGGCUCGAACAUCUAUUAUAGACUUCACGGUCACAAUACAAGGUCUAGAAGAUCAACUUCUAGGGCGCGUUAUCUUAACCGAAAAGGCUGAAAUGGAAGCGGAGCGAACUCAUCUCAUCAUGGAUGUGACCACUAACCGUCGCAAGAUGCAGGAGUUAGAGGCUAAUCUACUUCAAAAGUUAACUACCAUUCAAGGAUCGCUCGUCGAAGAUGUGUCAUUAAUUCAAGUGCUGAAUACUACUAAAGCUACGGCUACUGAGGUUAAAGAAAAGUUAGACGUGGCGAAGGAGACUGAAAUGAAGAUCAACACCGCCCGCGAGGAGUACCGACCCGUGGCGACGCGCGGCUCGGUGCUGUACUUCCUGGUGUGCAACAUGUCGCUGGUGUGCAACAUGUACCAGACGUCGCUGGCGCAGUUCCUCGAGCGCUUCGACAUCUCCAUGGAGCGCUCGCCGCAGAGCCCCAUCACCGUGCGCAGGAUCGCCUUCAUCAUCGACUACCUAACUUUCGACGUCUUUAAGUAUAUAAGUCGUGGUUUUUAUGAAAAACACAAAUACUUAUUUACAGUACUACUGACAUUAAAGAUAGACUUACAAAAGGAAUAUUUAUCGUUUGAAGAGUUUCAGACGUUUAUUAAAGGCGGUGCAGCUUUAGAUCUUAACACUUGUCCUUCUAAACCUUACAAGUGGAUAACCGACAUGUCAUGGCUGAACUUAGUUCAACUGUCCAGUUUAAGGCCGUUCACUAACAUAUUGGCUCAAAUCAAUAAUAAUGAGAAAGGUUGGAAGACUUGGUUUGACAAGGAAGCCCCUGAAGACGAGCCGCUACCGGACGGCUACCACACGAUGGACGUGUUCAGAAAACUGCUCGUGGUGAGAGCGUGGUGUCCCGACAGAACUCUAGCGCAGAGCUUGAAGUACGUUGUUAACUCUAUGGGAUCCCGAUAUUCUGAAGCUAUUAUAGUUAAUUACGAGCAUAUGGUAACAGAAUCGCGUCCGUUGGUUCCAUUAAUUGGCUUUUUAGCCAUGGGCUCUGAUCCUACACCAUCUAUAGAGAUGACCGCUAAGCGAAUGGAAACUAUUUGUUCAUCCAUCUCGAUGGGGCAAGGUCAAGAAAUACAUGCGAGGAAAUUAAUCGAUCGUGGUCUUAAAGAGGGCUUAUGGGUACUACUGCAGAACUGCCACUUGGGCUUGGAGUAUAUGACAGAAGUUAUGGAGCAGUUCGGAGAACUUGAAAAAGACCCUGAACAGGUCCACGAGCUAUUUAGGCUUUGGAUUACUACAGAGGUGCAUCCGAAGUUUCCCAUUACACUUUUGCAAAUGUCUAUCAAGUACACUUGUGAACCACCGUCUGGUAUCAAAGCUGGUUUAAUGAGGACUUACGACUCGAUGAGUCAAGAUUUCCUCGACUACAGCGACAGUCCGUUUUAUCUGCCUCUUAUUUACACCAUAUCUUUCCUGCAUACUGUGGUGCAGGAGAGAAGGAAGUUUGGGCCUCUCGGUUGGAACAUUCCUUACGAGUUUAAUUCAGCCGACUGGCUAGCGUCUUGCAUGUUUGUGCAGAACCAUUUGGAUUCCUUAGAACCAGGACAUCAAGUUAGCUGGACAACGGUGCGUUACAUGGUGUCGGCGGUUCAAUACGGAGGUCGCGUGACGGAUGACUACGACACGCGGCUGCUGGUCACCUUCUGCAGGGUGUGGUUCUCAGAUCAGCUGUUCACUGACGACUUCCAGUUCUACAAGGGUUACGGUAUCAUGAAGUUCAAGAACAUCCCAGAGUACAUAGAAGAGAUUGAAACUAUGAAAACAGUAGAUCCGCCUCAGGCGUAUGGCUUGCACACCAAUGCCGAUAUCACUUAUCAACGUAACACUACGCAAGAACUUUUGGAUACAAUAGUCUCUAUUCAACCCAAGGAGUCUAGCUCGGGUGGCGGAGAAACUCGUGAAGCCUCUGUUUACAGACAGACCAAAGAAAUGCUGGGAAAAGUUCCACCGAAUUUUGAUCAACAUGAAGUUUUAGAGAGGCUACGUUUCUAUGGCAUUUUAAAUUCCAUGGUAAUUUUCUUACGACAAGAAAUUGAUCGAAUGCAGAAGGUUAUUACACUUGUGAGAACAACGCUAAAAGAUUUAUUGCUCGCCAUUGACGGAACAAUUAUUAUGAAUGAGGCACUUCGGGAUUCACUAGACAACAUCUAUGACGCGAGAGUGCCUCACAUCUGGUUAAGGAGUUCUUGGUCAUCUUCAACACUAGGCUUCUGGUUCACCGAGUUUUUGGAGCGAACCAUACAAUUUUCAACAUGGUGCUUUCAAGCCAGACCUAACUCGUUCUGGAUGACUGGUUUUUUUAAUCCACAAGGUUUCUUAACGGCCAUGCGACAGGAAGUUACUCGUGCGCAUAAGGGUUGGGCUCUAGACAUGGUGGCCUUACAUAACGACGUUACUAAAUUUACCUAUGAGGAAAUAAAAUCUCCACCACCGGAAGGCGUUUUCGUGCAUGGCCUCUUCCUAGACGGCGCUGGCUGGGACCGGCGCAACCUGCGCCUGUGCGAGUCCACGCUGAAGGUGGUGUACACCGUGCUGCCCGUCGUGCACGUGUACGCCAUCAACUCCACCGCGCCCAAGGACCCCAAGCUGUACCAGUGCCCGGUGUACAAGAAGCCCGUGCGCACCGGCCUCACGUUCAUCACGCCGCUCUGGCUGCCGACCAUCAAGAACCCCGACCACUGGAUCCUAAGAGGUGUUGCCAUUUUGUGCGAUAUUAAAUAAUAUAUUGUUUUGUUUAAUGUAUGUUCGAUUGCAGGAUUGAUUCGAUUGUACUUUUGAUAGUGUUAUUUUGUUCAAAUGUCUAAUAAAAUACUAAUUUUAUUUUUAAAUCGAUUUUGACAUGACGCCCCGCGUCCCUGAGAGAUGUGUAAUUUUUUGUGUACAUUUAAUAAGUGGGUAAGUUUCUUCUAGUUGAGCUUUUUUAAGCGUAGGGUAUUUCGGCAAAAGGUUGCCUAUCAUCAGCAAUUUUACAAAAAAGCAGGGCCAGUAUCCAACAAACCAAAAGAAAAACAGGCGUGACAGGUAGACAAUGAAAUACGCAUUGGUAGGAAGCUUAUGUGUAUAAAAUUAUAGCUAAGUUUUUUCCACAUAAAUUAUUUUAAUUGCUAGUGUAGAAGAAACAAGAAACAACAUAAAUUAAGAACAAAAAAUGUUAUUGGUGGACCUAAAACGAGUCUGCCCACUACACCGUUCCAUACCAUGACCGUGCUAUGAACGUGUCAGGCAAAAAAAUAUUCUCUAUAUUAAAAAGGCAACGAUGCUGGUCGGUAACGGCACGGGCUAGUGGGCAUGGUCGCAUACUUUUACGGUCAUGGUAUGGUACGGUGUAGUGGGCAGUCGCCUUAAUACUAAUAAUUGUUGGAGCACCUUUCCUUAAACGUCGAGCCCUUUCUAACUAUUCAAAAAAAUAACGGUGCUUCUACUUUUUUAAAGUCGUUUACAAAUAUUUUUUGGUCAAUUGAUAGUUAUGUUA